AACCGCUUUGCCCCUCUGGCCUCUGCAGCUUGCCAAUUGCCAUCACCUUCCCCUGAGGGUUUUAGGGCUUUGUUGAAGGGUUCGAAGUCGAACAAACAACAGCCUUGCUUCCGUAUCUCUCUCUACAACGCCACCGACUCCCGCCGCCGGGCAAGCUUCGAUACCACAGGUGUAAGGAAGCGAAAGAGCGAGUUGCUGCGGGAUGGCGUCGGUGGAAGAAGAGCAGAAGCCACUGGCUUACAUACCGGAGAUUGUGUUGAAGAAGAGGAAGCACAAGGAGGAAUCCAUAGCUCUCACGAGGAAGAAUCAGCUGGAGCUCGGGGCUCGUGCUGAGAAGAAGAGGAAAGUUCAUGAUAUCAAGCGGCCUGAGCACUUUGUCAAGGAGUACAGAGACAGGGAAUUGGAUCUCAUACGAAUGAAGCAGAGGACUAAGAGGCCAAAGACAAGCAAAUCUGCAGUGCCCAAGUCAAAGCUUUUGUUUGUGGUGCGGAUACAAGGAAAGAAUGACAUGCACCCCAAAGUUAGGAAGAUCCUUUACAGGCUCAAGCUGAGCAAAGUCUUCGAUGGUGCUUUCAUGAAGGCGAGUGAAGGAGUGUUAGAGAUGCUCAAAAGGGUGGAGCCGUAUAUUACAUAUGGGUAUCCAAGUGUUAAAACUGUCACUGAUCUGAUAUACAAGAAGGGUCAUGGAAAGAAGGAUAACCAGAGAGUCGCCCUGAUAGACAACAAUAUCAUUGAACAGCAGGCAUUAGGCGAGUACGGUAUUCUAUGUUUGGAAGAUUUGGUGCACGAGAUCACAACCGUCGGACCACACUUCAAGGAGAUCAAUACCUUCUUGGGACCAUUUUCGCUCAACAAGCCGAAAGAUGGGCUGCAAGGCAAGAAAGCAUUGUUCAAGGAUGGCGGUGACUCUGGAAAUCGUGAGGAUAAGAUUAACGACUUGAUCAGUAAGAUGAAUUAGCCUCGACUGAGUCUUUGCUUGUAUGUUUUAACUGCACUCUACCUAAAGUAUGCAGAGCUGAAAGCAAAAAUUCAAACUCAUCAGGCUUGUAUCACAGAUUUUUGUCUACUGCUUUUCUACACUUGCUUGGAUGCUCUCUUGUGUUCCGUCCGAGUUGUUUAAUGGAAAUAGUCAGAUUGUCAUGUUUGUUCUCAACUACCCAUAUUUUGCA